CACUGAUGAUGUUGCACUAAUAUGCAACAAUGAUGGGCACUGAUAGGCGCCACUGAUGAUCACUAAUAGGCGGCAAUGAUGGGUGGCACUGACUGCUGGCACUGACUGCCGACACUGCUGAGCAGCACUGAUGGGUGGCACUGAUGGGGGUCACUGUUGGGCACUGGUGGGUAGCACUGCUGAGCACAGGUGGGUGGCACUGCUGGGCACAGGUGGACGGCACUGCUGGGCACCGAACAUCAGUGCAUUGAUCAUCAGUGCCCUGAUGUGACAGCGUGAGGAAAUUGGGGGCUUGUAUGUAGCUAGGCUGCCAAAAAGUCUCUCACAUGUGG